AAAGAACGAGCCCCACCAACCAUAAUCUACAACGUUGUAAACGGUUAUUCCGAUGUUACUGAAAAUGGAGACGUGGUAAUUUUGCCAGGAAGUGUUGUCCACUUGAAUUGUCUGUUUCAGCGAGAACGUGGCAAUCCUGAGUGGACGUGGUCAUCCACAUCAAGACAGUAUCCCUGCGGGUGGUCCCUAUCGGCUGAUGAAAGAAGCUGGAAAUACCGACUUUCAAUCUAUUAUACUAAGGAGGAAGAUACUGGUGUCUACAGUUGCACCACACCUAGAGGAAAACGAAACGAAAUUCGCGUUUUAGUGAAAGAUGUGGAGUGUCCAACUAUUCAGUCUGUAGAUCACAACCGUGUGAUGGCAGUGGAGGGAAACAAGAUGCAUAGUAAAGCGCACUUUGCGUGUAUGGAAGGCUUCAAGCUGAUUGGUAUCAAGGAUAUCACAUGCACAGCUUCAGGUAGAUGGUCAGCUGAUCCUCCUAGAUGUGAAAUCAUCCAGUGUCCACGCCUUACACCUGACAACCCUCAUAUGACACUUAGCACCCAUAAACGGACAUAUGGUAGUAGAGUCAGCUUCUCCUGCCCAGCCAGCUACAAACUUGUGGGAGCGUCUUUUCUUGAGUGUCUGAGAAAUGAGUCUUGGUCGGAUGAUCCACCAGUGUGUAAAGCUAUAGUUUGUGCACCUCCAAUACCACCCCUUAACGGUGGAGUCUUACACACAGGGCACUACCUAACGAGAGAUACGAUAACCUACAUUUGUCGCCACGGUUUUAUCCUCAUAGGUGAACCACUGAGUGUUUGUAAUGACAAAGGCGAGUGGUCUGAGCCACCACCAGUAUGUAAGCCAGCAUGUGAUUUCCCGGGUGAACCAGCGAAUGGACACAUCAUGCCAACAAAAUUCCAUUACAGAGUCAAAGAGAUUAUUACAGUGUCAUGCAACAAAGGUUAUCGUCGAUUGGGAUUUGAGCAGUUGCAUUGCACUUCCUCAGGACACUGGUCAAGUCCCUUGCCUCAUUGUCAUCCUCACAACAGAUGAACUAGGUGGUUUUUUUACCCUACUGGCUAUUUGAGGAAUUAAAACAAAUACUUUCGAAGGAUCGAACAAGUUGCAGUCAAAUGAAGUUGUGAUAAAACUUCAAACAUGAUAAAUGUUUCAAUUAUUGCUGACCUUGUAAAAAAACAAAAAAAAAUAACAUUUCGCUGACCAGACACUUAAUCAGAUAUUAAUAUAAAAUAUUAUAACGAAGAGUUAAGA